AACUAACAAGGAGUAGGUAGAUUGCUCUUCUUGCUUAACAUCUGUAUGUGAAACUGAAUGCUAAUGAUUUCAGCUGCUUUUUUGAAGUGCGAUGUUUCAAAAUGUUACAGAAGCAAAAAAGUUUAUUGGUAAAUCCCUUCAGCCAGCACGACCUGCACAUCAACUGUCUUCUAAACAAGCAUCACCCAUUGCUUUAAACAUUCGGACUGAAUUACCCAGCAGCACUGAAGUAUGUUUGCAGAGUAAGGUUAACUGGUCAUCGGAAAUGACUGAAGUGAAGAUCUUAACUCAAACUGUGAUGCUCUGUCAACCAAAACAACAUGAAUCAGGAGCAAAAAAAGAAAGGAUCCAAUACAGCAGAGAUUUCCUUCUGAAGCUUUCAAAUGUUUCUCUCUCUCAGAAGAAACCAGAGUUUCUUCCUGAUCACCCAAUUGUACUUGAAAAGCCAGUAAAGAACAAACCUUUCAUUGACAUCUGUAAGAAGUGACAUGUUGUUUGGAGGAUCCAAAGUCCAUAAAUGAGGGAGCUACAUUUGAUGUAGGUCUUCAAGAUUUUUGCAGGCACUUGGGUGCCUGCAGAUGGAAGUACGACCCUGUGAAACGUAUGAAAAUGCCUGUUUCUUCCUGUAAUUGCCUGAAUGCUUUAAGAGACAAACCUUUAAUUUGUAAUGCCUGAAAUGGUAAUAUGAUUAAAGUGAAAAUAAAUAAUUUUACAUA